GUUGCCGGUGUCUUUACCUGUCCGGUCCAGGUGAGUCCGGGGUGCCGGUGGACAUGGGACUGGUCUACUCUGAGCCCGCCUGUCAGUCGGCGUAUGACGGGGACCUUCGGCGUCUCUUCCUCCUCCUCAGAGACGACCCGCGGAACCUCAACGUCCAGGAGGAGGCCAACGGGGACACGCCCCUUAUCGCCGCCUGUCGCCAUGGUAACGUGCACGUGGUCCGCUACCUGCUGGACAACGGGGCCGACGCCCACCUGACCAAUAAGAAACAGAGGACGUGUCUCCACUACGCGUCGCGGCGAACCGUCUCCAUGGUCGACUACCUGAUGAUCAUCGUCCUCAUGCCCAUCCUCCUGCUGGGAUACUUCCUCCUGUUACAGAGGCAGAGGCAGAACGCCGCCCAGAUGGAGGCGCUGCUGAGCGCCGGCGCCGACGUCAACGCCGUCGAUUACAAGGGGAACACGGCUCUUCAUUAUCUGUGUCAGAGGAAAAACCACCGUCUGGUUCCUCUGCUGCUCCACAGGAAUGCCGACGUCCACGUCCACAACAACGAUGGGGAGACGCCGCUGGACAUCGCCUCCAGACUGAAGUUCAAGAAGAUCGUCCACAUGUUGACCAAGAAACAGUGACCAACUGGAGAACUGGAGGACAGUGAACGCACCACGAUGCUGUUACUGACAUUGUCGUCGGUUACAAGGAUCAGAUUUAAACCAUUAAAACACUAAAGGUUUAUUUCAUGUUGAAAAAAACAGCAGAUUUGUAAUGUAAGAUGUAAAAAGUAGAGUCAAACUGGAGAUAAAAGAGUUCAGUUUUAUUAUUUUAUAGCAUUAGUUUGUGUGAAUCAUCGUGUUCAUUUUAAUUUGCUUCUAAAAUGAUGUUUAAACAAAUUAUUGUUAAUAAAAAAAGAUGAAAUGUGAUGAUAUGUGUCAUUUAUUUACAUGUAGAGGAUUUAACACAAGUAAAAAGUGGUUUAAAGUGUUUCAGGUUUACAAUGUUCAGAAGGAAUAGUUUUAACCUCCUCAGACCCAGCUGU